AUGAGAGCCGACGUCUUCUGGAACCUGCUGCAUUUCAUAUACACCGACUCGCUGCCACCGGAGUGCAAGGAGGGAGAUCAAGAAGAGGCCGAGAUGGCUCAGCACCUCAUGGUGGUUGCCGACAGGUAUGGCAUGGAGAGGCUCAAGCUGAUCUGCGAGGACUGGUUAUGCCGGUGCAUGAACAUGGGCACGGUGGUGACCACGCUGGUGUUGGCUGAUCAGCACCGCUGCCACUGGCUCAAGAAGGCGUGCUUCGAGUUGCUCAAGUUUCCUUCCAUGCUGCAUGAUGUCGUGGCAACAGAUGAAUUCGAGCACCUGGCUAAGAGCCACCCGUGCGUACUCAAGGAGUUGAUGUUGUAG